AUGUCGACUCUACUCAAUCUUGCACCCUCCGGCGUCACCGGACGAAUUCCAGACCUGCUCCGCUUCUUGAAGAUAUCCAAAAUCUCCAAAUCGUUCUCUCGAAAUGGCUGGGCAAGAUAUGCCUUGGCAAUUCUACUCGGGUGGACAGCUGUGAAGAAGGCGAGCAGAGCGCUGGGGAAUGCCGCCUUGAAUAACUACAGCCAUGACAAAUAUGACUGGAGACGGGAGCUGGUGCUGGUUACCGGUGGUUCCGGUGACAUGGGCGACAUGCUCGUACGCAAGUUGGCGAAGAAUUGCGUCAAGGUCGUCAGUAUCGACAUAGUUCCUCCAAGAGCACCACUGCCAUCCAACGCAUACUUCUACCAAGCGGAUAUCACCAAGGCAACGUCCAUCAAGGAGGCCGCGGACCAGAUCCGGCAAGAUCACGGAGACCCCACUGUCCUGGUGAACAACGCCGGCGUCAUGAAAAUCUCCACUAUUCUCGACGAGACGGAGGAGCAAAUCCGCCAAACAUUUGACGUAAACAUCAUUUCCAACUUCCUCCUGAUCAAAGAGUUCCUCCCUUCAAUGAUCAAACGCAAUCACGGGCAUGUCGUCACGAUUGCGAGCAUGGCCAGCUUCGUGACCGGCGUGCAGAAUGUCGACUACUCCUGCACCAAGGUCGGCGCUCUGGCCCUCCACGAGGGGCUGGCACAAGAACUUCGGCAUCGCUACCAUGCACCCAAGGUUCGAACGAGGUGA